AUCGUUGAUCCUAAAUUGUAACUCUUCCCCUCAUCUGGUAGAGACUCAAGAAAAUAAAUGUAGCUCAUCACAAAAGCAAAGAUUUUUCAGGAAUGUUUUGUGGGAAAUAAAGCGUAAGAUUGAAGUCUUUGAAAUCUUUGCAAUUGCCCUUGUUUUCUGUUGGUGAACACCUGUAAUCAGUCAUCUAGUCGCAAUCUUGACCAUAAUACGCUUUUAACCUUCCACAAUCAAUCAAUGGAUCAAUUAGUCAAUCAAUCAAUUUAUUAAUGUGAAGAAGUGGGACAAGGGUGCCCUCCAUAUCUGAGUCAGAGGCUCAGAUAUAAAACGUUUGACAAUUAACAAAGCCAACAAACAGACACCUCUCCUCAGUGGACACUAUCUGGUACCAAGGAUGUCUCCUUUUGUAAUGCAUUUUGACCUUAACUUUGUUUAUUUAAAUUUUCACAUUACAGGAGAAGUUUUUGUUUUGGAUGAUGGAGGUGAAGUAGACCUGGACCUUGGUAACUACGAAAGGUUCCUGGAUGUUACUCUUCGUCGAAAUAACAAUAUCACAACAGGCAAAAUAUACCAGAGCGUGAUUGACAAGGAAAGACGUGGCGACUACCUGGGCAAAACAGUUCAAGUGGUCCCUCAUAUAACAGAUGCUAUUCAAGACUGGGUCACAAAGGUGUCUGGUGAGCCUGUAGAAAAAGCUACCCAGGCUGAUGUUUGUCUUAUUGAGCUUGGAGGAACUGUUGGAGAUAUAGAGGGCAUGCCUUUUAUUGAGGCCUUUCGACAAUUUCAGUUCCGAGUUGGGAGAGACAACUUUUGUGUGGUUCAUGUCAGCCUUAUCCCUGAGCCUGACUCAACUGGAGAGCAGAAAACAAAGCCAACACAGAGUAGUGUGCGAGAACUGCGUGGUUUGGGUUUGACUCCUGAUUUGAUUAUGUGUAGAUGCAAGCAUCCUGUCACUAAUGCUGUCAAGCAAAAGGUGUCUUUGUUCUGUCAUGUGCCUCCAGAGCAGGUGAUCGAUGUCCAUGACUGUAAAUCUAUUUACAGAGUUCCAUUGUUGUUGUCAAGCCAAGGAAUUGUGCCACUCUUUUCCAAGAGACUUAAAAUGGAGAUCAAGUCCCCCAAACCACGUCAUUUUAUGAUGCAGUGGAGAGAACUAGCUGAGAGAGAGGAGCGAGUUCUAGAUGAAGUAAAGAUUGCUCUGGUUGGAAAAUACACUAAACUAGAGGAUGCGUAUAUUUCCGUUCUUAAAGCUCUCAAACAUGCAUCCCUUCAUUGCAACAGAUGUCUGAAAGUUGUGUGGGUGGAGUCUGAAAAUAUUGAAAAGGUAAUGCAGGAAAGAGAUCCUGUAAAAUAUCAUGAAGCUUGGCAGAAGCUUUGCAGUUGCGAUGGUAUCUUAGUUCCUGGGGGAUUUGGAAAGAGAGGCACAGAGGGAAAAAUUGCUGCUGCUGAAUGGGGAAGAAAGAUGAAAAAACCUUAUUUAGGUGUUUGUUAUGGUAUGCAGUUAGCUGUUAUUGAGUUUGCCAGAAAUAUCCUGGGAUGGAAAGAUUCGUGUGUUAAUGCGCAAUGUUUACACCCGCUUGGAGGAACUGUUGGAGAUAUAGAGGGCAUGCCUUUUAUUGAGGCCUUUCGACAAUUUCAGUUCCGAGUUGGGAGAGACAACUUUUGUGUGGUUCAUGUCAGCCUUAUCCCUGAGCCUGACUCAACUGGAGAGCAGAAAACAAAGCCAACACAGAGUAGUGUGCGAGAACUGCGUGGUUUGGGUUUGACUCCUGAUUUGAUUAUGUGUAGAUGCAAGCAUCCUGUCACUAAUGCUGUCAAGCAAAAGGUGUCUUUGUUCUGUCAUGUGCCUCCAGAGCAGGUGAUCGAUGUCCAUGACUGUAAAUCUAUUUACAGAGUUCCAUUGUUGUUGUCAAGCCAAGGAAUUGUGCCACUCUUUUCCAAGAGACUUAAAAUGGAGAUCAAGUCCCCCAAACCACGUCAUUUUAUGAUGCAGUGGAGAGAACUAGCUGAGAGAGAGGAGCGAGUUCUAGAUGAAGUAAAGAUUGCUCUGGUUGGAAAAUACACUAAACUAGAGGAUGCGUAUAUUUCCGUUCUUAAAGCUCUCAAACAUGCAUCCCUUCAUUGCAACAGAUGUCUGAAAGUUGUGUGGGUGGAGUCUGAAAAUAUUGAAAAGGUAAUGCAGGAAAGAGAUCCUGUAAAAUAUCAUGAAGCUUGGCAGAAGCUUUGCAGUUGCGAUGGUAUCUUAGUUCCUGGGGGAUUUGGAAAGAGAGGCACAGAGGGAAAAAUUGCUGCUGCUGAAUGGGGAAGAAAGAUGAAAAAACCUUAUUUAGGUGUUUGUUAUGGUAUGCAGUUAGCUGUUAUUGAGUUUGCCAGAAAUAUCCUGGGAUGGAAAGAUGCAAAUUCCACAGAAAAUGAACCAGACACCUCACAUCCUGUGGUUAUUGAAAUGCCUGAACAUAACCCAGGUCAGUUAGGAGGCACCAUGAGACUAGGAAGACGGCGCACAGUAUUUUCCAAUGAUUACGAAAGUAUAACAAGAAAGCUCUACAAGAAUGCAGAGUAUGUAGAGGAAAGACACAGGCAUAGAUAUGAGGUUAAUCCAACAUACAUCAGUCAAAUUGAGGAGAAGGGAAUGAAAUUUGUUGCACGAGAUGUGGAGGGUGAAAGAAUGGAAAUCAUGGAGAUUCCAGACCAUCCGUAUUUUGUUGGAGUCCAGUACCAUCCAGAGUACAUCAGUCGACCAGUCAGACCCUCCCCUCCCUAUCUUGGGUUAAUUUUGGCAGCUAUUGGAAAACUCCCUCAGUUCAUUGCCAGGGGCUGCCGCUUGUCUCCCAGGUGCAGCAUCAGUGAAGAUGAAGACGAAGAUGAUGAGGAGUUGGCCAAGUUGACCAGAAUUCCAGAAUUUAACCUUUAGAUUACAUAAAGGGAGUUAAUUUGGAAAACAACAACGAAAACAUGAAUUUUGUGAAAGGGCGUCAAGUUGAAUGUAAAGUACUGGCUUUAUUGGUCACUCUGCAUCGGGAUUUCCCUUCUUUUCUUCAAGGGCCUUGAGGAGUUGCAUUUUCCAUUUACAUUAAGGAAAUUAUCAACUUGCUUAUUUAACACCUCAUCAUAGUGAACAAUUUGAGUUCAAGGUUUCUUCCGAACUUAAUUCAGUCCUUUUCUCUCUCUCUCAAAGAGAGAGAAUGAUAGAGUUACUAAAAAAAACUAUUUUAUGGAAAGUAUUUCUCAAACACAGUUUCAGGUCUUAACAAAUACUAUCUGAAUGAACAACCUGUAGUAAUGACAGUAUAUUUUAAACCUACAUAUAUGUUUUGUUUUGAUCUCUCUUUUUUUGUAAGUCAGACAUAAGAUGUAGAUUUUGUGAAAGACCUUGUUUCCAGUUAAAUUUCUUUUACAAUAAUCAUGGUAACAAAUGAAGCUAAUUUCACAUCUAAUGUGUUCCUUAGUGUGUGUGUUUUUUUUGCAGUCUAUAAUAACCAUCGGGAGGUAAAAAUUUACCAGUACCUCGAAUUUGUAUUACUACAUUCUUCUACACAAGUAGACAUGAAGAGAUAAUUUUGUUUUAAGUUGAAAUUUAAUGGAUUGUAAAUAUUGUUACACUAAUAACAAGCUAAAAUCAAAUACUUGCUCUCUCACAGUUUUAGUCAAGAAAAAGGGUGAAUGCAAGCAUUAUCUGCAGUUGCAGUCAUUCAUGAUGAGGCAAAGCCUGUUGAUGUGUACUCUAGCAAAUACAAAUGAUUGUCAACUUUUGAAAACUUGCUCCUUUGUAAUAUUACCUUAUGGAUUUAAUGGCUGGAUGGAAAAACUUUCAAAAGAACUUCACAAGUUUUACACCAUGUGAGCAGAGUUGCUUUGAUCUUUCCUAGAUAAGUCAGGAAAGAGGAAGGCAAAUUCCUCUCUUGACUUAAUUCUGAAAGAUCAAAGCGACUCUGCUUGGAGGCUACAAAUUCCAAACAUGUUCUUCACUAAAACAAUUUGUUACACAAAAAGGGCAUUAUCAUUUUCUUUCAACCUCCGGGUAACAAAUUAAAGUAAACUCAAAGUAACCUUUAUGGUUGUGAUAUACUGUGUAGCAUGAAAUUUUUGCAGGACUUUUAUUUUGUGGAUUGGCAAUUCUUUGAGGUUUGCUGGAGCAAAUUUUUGUGGCAUGUGUUGACUGAAAUUUCUGCUGGAAACUAAGUUUUGCAGUUUCCUUUUCAAGCAGCGAGACAUCAACAAGGAAGGAAAUGUAAUAUUGACAACUUUUAUUACUUUCUUAGGUAAAGCAACAGUCUGUGCUUCUCAGACAUUUCAGUCAACGAUAAGCCAGUUGUACAACGUACUAAUGGGAGUAAAUUUUUGCGGUUAUUAAUUUUGCUGGGUUUUUUUUUCCGCUGCAACUUAUUUUUGCGGAUCAAGUACCAUCCGCAAAAUCACAAAACUUAAACCCUGCAAAAUAAAAGUGCUACAUGGUAUUCAUUUUUAUCAAUUACACUCUUACCCAAUUGUGAAAUAUUUCUUAACGUUACUAAACCUCUGUGAACAUAUUAACAUAAUUAUUUAACUCCAGUUCAUUCCACAUACAUCUGUAACAUGUAUUUAAAACAUGCUCUUGAAUCUUGGUGGACAAUGCACCAUAUAGAUUGAUGUCUGUUCAAGAAAUUGAUUUUGUAACAGUUGUAAGAUUUAGUUAAUUUUGGCUUAUUUUUAAUAGCAAGAACAGUUUCAACCAUAGAUGAAAUGUCCCAGUUGCACUUAGUCUCUUUUUAUUUCCAAGAUUCAUGCAUGUUAUCAAAGAUUUGUAUGCUUGACAUUUGUCAAGAUAUUGCUUGAUUUUUAGAAAAUUGAGGUUAAAAGCACUUGUAAUAGACCAUACAGUACACCACGUUUACCAUAAAUAAAUAAAAGAUAUUACUCAAAGGAA